AUGACAAAGAUGGAGCCUCAUGAAGACCUUAAGGACGCAGGCAAGCUGGUCCAGUAUAAGAAGGACAUGGGCAAGGCAGCUUUUGUGUCCCACCAGUGGGUCGGGUAUCGAGAUCCGGAUCCUGAGUUCAGGCAGAUGCGGGUCUUGCAGGAUGCGUUGAGGAACAUGACGUCUGACCUCAAGCACAUCUAUCAGGACAUUCAUGCCGAGAUGCUGCUCCCCAAUUCUGGGCUGAAAGGCUCCGAGUUCCGUUCUGAACCAUUGUUCCUCUGGUAUGAUUACUUCUGUUGCCCGCAACUCGAGAAGACGGACUUCCCCAAGGCCAUUGACUCCAUCCCAGCAUACGUUGCCAAGUGUGCCUUCUUCUUCGUCCUGGUUCCGGUGAUUGAGUCUCCAAGCAUGUCCAAGGUUUUCACACCUGCAUCGUGGGCGGCCCGCGGAUG